CCGUGCGUCGGCAAGAUGGCGGCGGAGGCGGAGGUAGCGCCGGCACCGGGAGAGGUGGCGGCGGUGGAGGCGCCGCUGGAGGCGGAGCUGGAGGCGGAGCUGGACCUGGAGGGGGCGGAGCUGGAGGAGGUGGAUGUGCACAUCCAGGAGAACCUGGAGGACGCCCUGGUGCAGGAGGCGCUGCAGACCGGCGUGGACCUGCGCCAGUAUUCCCGGCAGGUGGAGCUGGAGCUGCAGGAGGUGGAGAGGGCCUCGAUCCAGGAUUACAUCCGGGAGAGCGAGAACAUCGCGGAGCUGCACAACCAGAUCAGCGCCUGCGACACCAUCCUCGAGCGCAUGGAGCAGAUGCUGGGCUCGUUCCAGAGCUCGCUGAGCUCGCUGAGCUGGGAGAUCCGGGCGCUGCAGGACGAGGCCGGCGCCAUGAACCUGCGGCUGCGCAACCGCCGGGAGGUGCGGCAGCGCCUCGGGGGGCUCCUGGACGAGCUCGUGGUGCCCCCGGACAUGAUCAGCGUGAUCCUGGAGGCGCCGGUGACGGCGCCGGAGUUCCUGGAGCAGCUGCGGGAGCUGAACGGGAAGAUCGAGGCGGUGAAGGAGCAGGCGUUCCGCGACACCCUGGCCUGCGCCGACGUGCAGCACGUGCUGGACCGCCUCCGCAUCAAGGUGAAUUCCCAGAAUUCCCAAAAAUUCACCCCAAAAAUCCCCGUGGGAAUCUGAAAAAAAUUCCCUGGAAA